AAAAAUUGCUGAAAUUUAUCAGAAAGAUUUUCAAUAAUGUUGGUAAUGUCAAAGAGGGAGGAAUUUAUAUGCCAAUGGAUCCUGAACCUAAGACUGGAAAUCCAACUUCAAAAGGGUAUCUCUUCAUUGAAUUCGAAACUCCUGAACAAGCAGCGAUGGCCAUAAAACAAUAUGAUGGUUAUCCAAUGGAUAAAACUCAUCUUCUUGCAGUGAACCGAUUCACAGAUAUUGAGAAAUAUUCCCAGAUUGAAGAAGAAUAUAAAGAACCGGAAGAAGAAAUAGAGGCCGUGGAAGUUUCAGAGGUCGUGGUG